AUGCCCGGACUCCCUCUCGCCGCGUGCGUCCUCGCCUUACAACUCUGCCUUCUCCUCUCUCCGUCCAACUCCCUCCGCCGGCUGUCGGAAGCGGUCCAGCAUGGCGGUGGCAUCAGGCCCGCCUACCACUUCCUGCCCGCCAAGAACUGGCAGAACGGGCCAAUGUACCACAAGGGUGUGUACCACUUGUUCUACCAGUACAACCCGCUUGGCGCGAUGUGGGGCACCGGCAACCUCUCCUGGGGUCACUCCGUCUCCCGCGAUCUCGUCAACUGGGACGCCAUCCACACCGCGCUCGACCCCAUCGCCCCCUUCGACGCGAAUGGCUGUUGGUCAGGCUCCACUACCGUUCUCCCUGGCGGCGUCCCAGCUUUGUUGUACACUGGCAUCGACACUCAUAAGGUGCAGGUGCAGAACGUCGCCUUCCCUAAAAACCCUGCUGACCCAUUCCUCCGCGAGUGGGUGAAGCCCACCUACAACCCUGUCAUCCCGCACCCGGCCGACGUCCCCAGCGACAGCUUUCGCGACCCUUCGACGGCGUGGAUAGGAAGCGAUGGCAUGUGGCGCAUCGCCGUUGCAGCCAAGGUCGGUGGCCCCAUGGGUAUUGCCUCCGCCCUUAUCUACCGGAGCAAAGAAUUACGGCGCUGGAAGCGGAAUGCCUUACCGUUGUACACAUCACGGUCCGCCAUCAUGGUCGAGUGCCCAGACCUGUUCCCAGUGGCGGGGCCGGACACGGAGGAGGGGCGGCUCGACUAUGCAUCCAUUGCGGCGAACGGUGCUGUGAGGCACGUGCUGAAGCUGAGUGUGAUGAACACGACUCAAGACUACUACGCGGUCGGCAGGUACGACGACGCGGCCGACACCUUCACACCACAGGUGGACAUGGAGCGCAACAUCGGCGACUGUCGAACUUGGCGUCGUAUCGACUAUGGCCAUGUGUAUGCAUCCAAGUCCUUCUUUGACGCAGGGAAGAACCGGCGCGUGUUGUGGGCGUGGGCCAAUGAGUCCGAUAGCCAGGACGAUGAUAUUGCAAGGGGCUGGUCCGGUGUCCAGACGGUUCCGAGAAAGGUGUGGCUAGACGGCGAUGGGAAGCAGCUUCGACAGUGGCCGAUUGAGGAGAUCGAGACGCUAAGGAGGAAACAAGUCAUUGGCUUGCUUGGAGCGCAAGUGAACGUCGGAGGCAUGAACGAGAUCAUUGGUGCAGGCGCACAAGCUGACGUGGAGGCUGUCUUUGAGAUCCCAUCCCUGGAAGAGGCCGAGAGCUUCGAUCCCAACUGGUUGUUAGACCCGCAAAUGUUGUGUGCGGAGAAGGGUGCGUCCGCGCGGGGCGGGGUCGGCCCAUUCGGGCUACUCGUCAUGGCCUCUGGCGACUUGCGCGAGUACACAUCUAUCUUCUUCAGGGUGUUCAAAUACGAUCAGAAGUACAAAGUCCUCAUGUGCACCGACCUCACAAGUUUCCCGUCUCAACUUGUCGGUAGGAACGUUGCCAUCACUGGGUACUAUGGCGGCUUCGUAAAUCUCAAGAUGAUAUGCCGCUUCAGUCUCUUGAAGGUGCUCAUAGGGGUAGGAGUUCAGGAUCUCCGCCGAUACAACGCUAAGAAUAAAGUCUGGAGGUACAUGAAACCACACUUUGCAAAGUUCAUGACUCACACCCUCUUUGGCUAA